GUUUUGUCUUUUUUCAAGUCAAGAAGUCGACAUGAUUAUGAAUGAAAAAAGUAGUUCCUGCAUGUAAUUUUUGAAGUGGACAGAUGUAGUGAAGUAUGUCUUGGCUGGUGGCGCAGCAGUUGUUGCGCUCACGUCUGUUUGGAGAUGAACUUCCCGAAUGUAUGCCUGGCCUGGAUGAACAUUAUAGGGAGUUACUGGAGCUGCUGCACCGCUGCAUCGUGUUUGGACAGAGUACAAGCGUGCUGUUAAGUGGACCACGAGGCAGUGGCAAGUCACUGGUAUUACGACGUGUGCUACAGCGCCUGGAGCUGGAAGCAAGCUUGAACGGCGCCUAUGCUGUUAUCACACUGAAUGGGCUGGUGCAGAACGACACGCGCAUGUCACUGCAAUGUAUUGCCAGACAACUCAACCAGACCAUUGACCAGGAGCAGUUACAGACGGGGUCCUUUGCUGAUUGCCUGUCAUCACUGCUGAAGGCUCUAAAAAAGGGUAGUAGCAGACAACAAAGCAUCGUCAUUGUCCUUGAUGAGUUCCAGGAGUUCACCAGUUUCAGUGAUCAGCGGCUGCUGUACAACUUGUUUGACGUAGCACAGACUAUUGCCACUCCUCUCACCGUCGUGGCACUGAGUCCACAUGUUGAUGUAUUGGGCCUCCUGGAGAAGCGGGUGCGGUCUCGCUUCUCACAGCGUACGAUCAGCUUUCGUCAUGCCAUGCCCUUCCAGCUGUAUGUGGACAUCAGUCGUGCUUUGCUUUAUCUUCCGUCAUCGUUUCCAGACGAAAAGUUCCGAGAUGAGUGGAAUACGCACAUUCACGAAUCGAUCUUGGGUGAUCAAGGCGUUCUGGACUCGCUACGAUAUCAGCAUGAGUUGAGCCUCAGCGUGUGGGAGCUGCGUCGUUUGCUGUCAGUGCCUGUCUGCUACAUGAGCGAGGCUGAGCCGUUGGUGAGCACCAGUGUGUUCCAGCAGUCCUUGUCACAGCCCUAUGAAGAUGGCAAGAUGACCAUGUUGAGAGGCCUGACCUUGGCUGAUGUCUGUCUGCUGGUGAGCCUUCUCCGUCUUGCCACACAUCAGGGCAGCAGAGCAAUCAACUUUGAAAUGGUCUACCAUGACUACACCAAGUUUGCGGCCGGUCGUGUUCACCUGGUCAGCAAGACAGCUGCAUCCAAGGCGUUUGAGCAUCUGCUUGCACUGCGCCUGGUGACCUGGGACUUGCAGCAUGGUCGGCGCGGAGCCAAGAACAUACCCAAGCUCUUCCGCCCCAUCUGCCUGUGCGUGAGCGGCAAACAGUUGCGUGAUGUUAUCCAGACCUCCACGCACUUUCCCAGCAUGGAACUGCUGCGUGCUGCCAAUGCGCUCACGCUGUAGUGGCCCGUGCGCAUGCGUCGUCGGUCUGCUUUUCAACCUCCUCUGUACUUGAUGGUAUGACGGCUCAUCUGCCUCUACGUGUCACCUGUCUGCUGGUCAGUUUUCCGUGUUUUUUUUAAUCUCUCUUAGUCAACAUAGUUGAACUCACAAUGCUAUCUUCAGGCGCAAGCAUGUCGUGAGUGUCGUCCUCCUCCCUUUACUUGUUUUUAUUCUUCUCUUUUGCGCCGACUUAGGACUUUUGAAACACCGAAUCUGCUGUUUAUAUCCAUCUCACAUGAACUGAGUGACUCAUGUAGCCAGCCAGACCUGCACCGAAGGCUGGACCUUCCGUUGUUUUUUGUUUGUUUUUCAAUUUAGAUGUUCUGGAGCAUUGUGGAUCACCACUGACUGUCUUAAGGUGGCAUUCGGGCACUAAAUGUCAAUCCCAAUCGUGUAGUCUAAAAUACGGUAUUCGUAUUUUACUGUUUUCUUCUCGUUCAUAUCUGCUGGCUCAGAUGGUCUGCUUUUACUUUCGCCUGGGCAGCCAAACAAUUUUUCAAUUUUUUUAACGUGAAGAGCCAUCGGAUAUGCUUGAGUUAUUUAUCUUUAGCUUUGCCAAUUUUUUACGCCUCGUAACUCGUGCAGUUUCUCCCUCUUCAGCUGAAGCACUAGUGCACUGUGGUUUUAUUAUUUUGUAAUUUACAUGCCCAACUGGAUAUUGAUUUUGAAAUUUUGAAUUGGUUCUUUUUUUAUAUAGUUUUGUCUGCUUCUUCUUUCCUUUCCACCGUGUCUAUGUGCUCCUUAUUCUAUAAGGCCUGUUCUUCAUGAACUGAGCACUUGUACCGUGAAAUACAAAUGCUUGAUCAUCAAGUCGAAGCUACUAUAGUAGUGAAGUGAGAUGUCUCCAAUCCUCA